AUGGUGUACACCGAAACCAAACCACGCGGUCCCAUUUCAGCCAUGAAUUCAACACCGGGUCCAGUUUAUCUCUUACCAGGUCUUGUUGGUAGUAGCUUCCAUGAUCCACGUUCGGUCCAUAAUAAACAACCAGCAUAUUCGUUUGGUCUUCGACAUGGUAAAUAUAAAGACGAGUCAUCACCUGGCCCAUGCUACUUUCCAAAUCCAAGAAUUUCUCGAACGGGUAAAGAUGGCACACCACAAUAUUCACUCUAUGCUCGCCGUGGUGACCUCAAAGGUGAUCGUGUCCCAGGACCAGGCGCAUAUAAACCCGAAGAAAAAGGACCAAUGAAAACUGUUUUUCAAUCACCACCCUCCUACUCAUUUGGUACACGUCAUAAAGCUUACGGACUCGACAAUACACCAGCACCAAAUGCGUACGGUUUGCCGGGAAUGACGGGUAAAACAGUUCAAAGUGUGAAGAAACAAGCACCAAUCUAUUCUAUGACCGGAAGAAGUAAACGUGGUGGUUUUGAUGAAGAUUUACAACGAACACCGGGCCCUGGUGCAUACAGUGUCACAAAACCUGGUAUUUACAAACAAGAACCACCUCAUUACAGUAUGAUUGCUCGAAAUGAAAUGCCUGGUGAUACAACACAAAAGCCAGGACCAGGAAAGUAUUCACCUGAAAAAGUUUGGCUUCACAAGCAACAAGCACCUGGUUAUUCAUUUGGUAUUCGACAUUCCUUAUACGAAGCGCCAUUGAUCGUCGAAGUCAAAGAAUAG